AUGGAGGAACUGGUGGCACACUGUCGCACCCAGAAAUGGGAACUUAUCAUGGCUUGUGAUACAAAUUCACACCAUGUAUCUUGGGGCAGUGAAGACAACAACACAAGGGGUAAGUCUUUAUAUGACUAUAUUAACAUUAACAACCUUUGUAUAAGUAAUAGAGGCUGUGUACCGACAUUUGUUAACUCAAGAAGUCAAACAUUAAUAGAUGUCACAUUGACUAUGACGCGCAUAUCUAAUGUAAUCCAGAACUGGCAUGUGGCAGACACUGCCUCAAUGUCAGAGCACCGCUGGAUAAACUUUAAUAUUAAUCUUAUCAAAACUCCUCAAAAACCGUUCCGGGAUCCCCGAGGAACUGACAGGAAUAAAUACCUUUGUCACCUCCGGGAGAACCUGGCAGCGGUACAAGAUCAGGAGCCCAGAAACAAUGGAGAGAUUGAGGUAUUUGUGAAUACUGUACAAUCUGUCAUAAAAAGAGCCUUUAUAACAUCCUGCCCCCUCAGAUCAGCUAGGCAAACCGGCGCAAUCACGGGUUGGUGGAACCGGGAGCUGAGCGAACUGAGGAAGAAGGCCAGGAUAUCAUUUAACAAGGCAAAAAUGACAAGACAAGACUCAGACUGGGAAAUAUACAAACCCACCUGA